GUUUCAUAUCAAAGCGGGUGGAUACCGUGCGAAUGGGAGGCGACUGUUCGCACCGAGGAGAAUUCCCCGUUGAAAGGGGAGACGACAGGGCCUUUCUUUCUCGAUUACCGCCACGACGAUAUUCUGCCCGGUGAGGAAAACGUCGUGAACGUGUAUUUCAAACCAACCGAAGCUAAACACACGGAGGGGCAGCUAAGGAUAAGGAUCAAGGGGGCAUGCACCGUACCCAUCGACGUGUCGAUAUCUGGUACUGGGAUUGGUCCCGACGUGAUAAUAUCCGAGAAAACGUUGACGUUCGACCCGGUCGUGCCGUACUGUACUGCAGAAAAGACGCUGCAGAUUGAGAACAGAGGUUCAUCCCCGGUCGAGUCAUACUGGCUAAAUCAGGACAAAGCUUCCAUCGAAGAAGAACGUGCGAUAAGAAUAUUAACGCACUAUUAUGGCGUAGAUGAAGUUCUGCUUCCCCCCCGUAACCCGGGUGAUCGAUUACCCCUUCGAGUAUUCAACUUUUGCCAAACUCUUGCCGACGAAAUGAUUCAAACGUAUGCAGGAGACCCGAUUAUGUCGCAGAUGUGGGAAGGUGGAAAAAGUGCAGAAGGAUACGACCGAUCAGUGGAAAUGGCUUCGGAUCCCGAUCAAACAGAAGCCCUUCUCCACUGUUACAUAGAUGAGUUACGCAAAAGGCAGAAUUCCGAAGAGACGACGAUGAGAGAUCCUAUCAGAGAAGUUUUAGCAGAUGCAGAUCACGAAUUAGCUUCGACUGAUCAUCCGUCACAGAUGCCACGAUCAUGUAUCAUCUUUCAUGGUGCUCCCUUUACAGAAUAUCAAGAAGCAGCCUGCCGGGUUGGGAGGGCAUUAGGCGUCCCUGUGCUCCAUAUAACUAAUGCGAUUACAGAAGUCAUCGCGUCGGGGGUGAGUCCUUGUUCGGAAGAGCUGCGAAAGAUCGUGGAUGAAAACUAUAACAAGUUACUCUUGGAUUCUGAAAAUAAUCGAUCGAGGAAACUGCGGGCUGAGGCCGAUGGAUCAAACGGGUCAGCAGGUGAGAUUGACUCUCCCUUGAGCAAAAUCAAUUCGUUGGACGAGACCGACUCUGACAAGACUGACGCGAAUAGAAACGAGAGUACGAAUAUCGAUGGAGAAGUAUCCUCAGAACCGGGGCGUCUCGAAGAGUCGGAGAGAUUACUCGUACCCGGAGAACUCGAGUCCAUGACUCCAGUGGACCAGUAUGAAUACAAGAUCCAGGCGCUAUUAGUUCUGCAAGAGAACGUCUACCCGGUGAAAUCAGAGAAGGCGAAGAAUUCACGACGAGAUGACGCCAAGAGUUCGGUCACCGAAGAGACCUUCCUGGGAAUCAAUGCCAACUUGAUUCACGAAGCUCUCAAUCAAAGACUGACCAUGGAGGAUUACCGACUUGGAUUUACGGUGCAAACCAUGGACAAUAUUUUUAUCCGUAACGAACACGAUACUCUGGUGAUGUUGUUGAAGGUCAUCGGUAAUGAUCCUCCGAGCUACCUGCUGUUCGUAACUUUUCAUAACACCUUCGACAUGUAUUUGAGCCAGCAAGAUAAAUUCGUUGCAAUGGAAAAACUGCGGGCCACGGAGAAAAUGAUGAGCAAGUUGAACGAAGUGGAAGAGAUGACGGGCACGGAGUACGACCAAACUUCUAGGGAAAACAAAUUACUCUACGCAGCAGAGACUCUCGCUUUGAAAAGAGCAGCCUGUUUGCGUAGAAAAUUGAUUUUCAAUCACGGGGCGAGGGAUGCAAACUUUGAUGAAAAUACCUUGGCUUCUACGGGCUGUGCGUCAAUUCCAGCUACCAAAAUGGGGUCAUCGAAAACGAAGAGGAAUGAUUCAGCAGAAUUGAGAAGCGUGCGGCCAACUCCGUUGCCGGCAGAUUUGGAAAAAAUUUCUAAACUCAUGGAUUCGUACCGAAAAAGUUUAGCCACCUUGCAGCCUGUUCUGGAUAAUUGGGAUCCCCGAGAAUGCAACUACGCUAAAACUGACCAAAGUAAUGGAUUCGAAGUUUGGUACGUUGCGCCAUCGGACCCUUGGAAUUCUGAAAUAUACAGUUGGAUUGCCUCCCAUAUAGCGAGUGUUCAUGAAACGAAGAGAGCUAUUCUGACAAAAGCUGAGCCAACGAGGUGCCUAAAUUCAAAAUUGUAUUCUGUCGUCGGGCGUAAGGCGUCCAUACCGUGGCAGACAACAAUUAAAAGAGAUGCGGAGUACUCGGAAUUCGACUCUUCUGUGCAGCGCUCCUAUGUAGAGAAAACACAUCAACCGAGCAGUUUCCGAAUCGUAGAUGAAGAGGAGACUUUGAGCCCCCGAUGGGUCAUGGACCCUGGACGAUUACUCAAAUUCAGAGUACAGUUCACGCCGAAUAGUGUCGGGAUGUUCAAGGACGAGUACGUGGCGAGCGUUGUUGGGUCCAACAUCAGUUAUCAGAUCGAACUUCGAGGGUCCGCAGACGUGCCGAGACUCAGUAUGGAACCAAACGUUAUUUUCAGAAAGGUGAAGUCUUCCAAGUUCGAUGACCUCAACAAACCUGCGUUCUUUCUCGACAGCAAUACUUUUGAUUUCGGCUCGAUACUGCUACCGACAAAUAAACAGAAAAGAGUCGACGAGCGUGAGGAGAAAUUCGUCUUGAAAAAUAUCUCCACCGUCUUAGCAGCCGUUGCCGUUUACGAAAUUGACGAUUCGAACGCCUUCCACGCUUCUCCCGGAACUUUGAACAUAGCGCCCGGUACAUCCGAUAUUCUCAACGUACGGGCCGGAGUAUCCAAAAUUGGGGCUAAUUUCGCACGUCUUUUGCUGUGCGUCGAGAACAACCCCCAAGUGGAAGUGAUUCAUCUGCGGAGUUACGGAUCAAAGUUGGAAGUGGAGCUAGAAGGUGGGGUCGUAUCGUUCGGUAAAAUCUUACUUCGACGGACGGAAAAGCGGAACGUCAUCGUCAGGAAUAAAUCCACCAUACCGCUCUACUGGAGGUUGGACUUAAUCGAGGGAGUCGUCGAUGGUCAGGUGACGCUAUACCCUGAACGGGGCGUCGUCGAACCCCUCGGUAUCCGGCGCAUCGAAUGUCGAUAUCAUGCCAGUUUGGUAGGUGUCAAGGAAAAGAAGGUCCUUAGAUUCCAAGUAUUUCUCGACGCUGACGACGGGGAACCAUUGCUCACAGAUCUAAUAACCGUUUCUGGAGAGACCUACGACGUAAAGGUGGAUGUCACCAAUGCCAGCCCCAUUGAUUUCAAGAUCGUUAGCGUGGGGACCACCGCAGUCGAGACUGUUUCCAUAACGAAUCGAGGACCGUGCGACGUCGAAUUUAUCGUCCGUCCCAACAAUCCUGUGAGCUUGGCCGGACUGAAAUUGAGUUUACCACCCAGUACCCUGAGUACGGACUUUGAAUUAGAGCCGACGAAGGGAUCCUUGUCGCCCGGAGCAUCUUCUUCUAUAGUGGUCAAGUUUACACCGCGUGGCGAAUUCACGGUGUUCGAAGCCCCCUUGCUGCUGUGUCAUUUGGUCGACGUUGAACAAAAGACCCCCACCUCAGUUGCGGAAUUUCCACUUCUCGUAUCGGUCAGCGCUCACUACUCAAAAUUCAAAAUCUGCCCCAGCUCGUUUCUCAACUUUGGAUCUAUGGCACUCUUCGAAACGCAAACGAUGUACUUCGACGUUGAAAAUUUCGGGUACUUUCCGUUUUCUUAUAAAAUCAACGCCUCAGAGGUACCCCAGGAUGCAUCGGAGGAGCCCUUUGUUCUUCGUAAAAUUUACAAAAGCGACGAAAUUGUCAGUAACACAGGAGAGACAGAAAAGUUAGGAUCAGCACCAGGUACCACAAUUCGCUCCUCUGCGGUGGAACGAACACCCCGCAACGCGCAAGCUAAGAAGUCUAGCCGCCAUCGAAAACCGGAGGAAAAAAAUUUAUCCCUACGGGUGGGUCCGUUUCUUCUGUCGAAGGAUAACGGAACGAUCGUGGCUGGUGAGGUAGACACCGUGACCGUUCAAUGCUGCCCACAAUCUGUUGCAAAAUUCGAUGCGGAGAUUUGCGUAAUCGUUACACCCGAUGCCGGGGCGGAUGCGGAUACCGGAAAACUGGUUCGACUGUCCGUCGACGGAUGCGUUCCCACGAUUGAUUUACACAACGUGGAUGCGAUCUUCAAAGAACAUCUGAUCGUCGACAGCGUCACCGAUUUGACCAGCAGAAAUGAAAAGUUUCUACCGAAAAUUGGUGCGCACACCGUAUUCGGACGACAAGAGAAUUCCCUCUACUUCCGGCGCGUCUGCAUAUCGAAUACGCACGCCGCACGGCUUCGGUUACACAAUCCUGGACUCGUACCCGCCGAUGUAGUCCUCACUCUAGGAGCAUCGGAUCCUGAUAACUCAGGGGAUAGAAAGAGCGAUGUGUUUGCUAUCGAUCCGCACGACGCUAAAAUCGCCCCGAUGUCUACCGGUAUAUUUACCGUGUCAUUCGCACCUACAGGUUUAGGGAAUUACGCAGCGAAUCUACGCGUGACUCUUGCGCUUCCUCCACCAUUGGAUUGUCCAAACUUCGAUAUCAGGGUGUGCGGCGAGAGCACCGUGCCAAUUGUGGCCCUUCUGGAACCCGAGAACCCUUCUGUAAACGACCAGAUCAUCAUCGAAUCCGUCAAUUUCGAACGAAGCCCGGUGGGCCAGGUCAGCUGCAGAUCGCUAGCCUUGGGAAAUAUCGGAUGCGUCGACGCACGGGUCAUCGUUGAAAUGACCAGCGAAGCAAGCUGCUUCAAGAUCGAAACUGCCGGAGAUUACAACGCUGACGGACCGGACCACCGUGCCACCGGAGACGCUAGACGGGUGUUGCUUGGCUUGAUGCCAGGAGAAAUCGUCGGUAUAGAAGUGAAGUUCAGACCAACAGAAGUCGGCCGCUACGAAGGUCGUAUUCAUAUACUCACCCUAGGAAAUCCCAACGAGUGUAUCAGCCUGACCAUUCGAGGUGAGAGUUACCAGGACGACGUUAUUAUCGAAGACCUUGAAUGCGGAGACGAUGUCGAGAUGAGGACCUCCCUCGCUGGCAAAAAAGCGUCAAAAUCGCGGCAUUCCCAAAUCGAUACACCAGUUACCGAAACUAACGAUCCGAUCAGGACCUACAAGCUGAAUUUCGGCAAAUGUUUCAUCAACGAAACGAAGCGGAUAUAUUUCAAGAUUCACAGCACGUCUGGAAACCGACGGUUCCACUUUGAAUGGAGUUCGCACCCGAACAUAGCAUUUUCACCUUCGACCGGUCACCUCGAUCCCCGUGGACGCAGGGAGAUCUUGAUCACCUUCUACGCCGCGGAGCCAACCGUUCAUGCUGGGACGCGAUUCGAAUGUAAAUUAACACCGAUCAGUGAUCAACUCCACGAAGGGACGACCAACCAAGAUUUUUGGGACGAAGCGCAGAUGAGCACGAGAGGAACUGCCGCCUCCACAAAACUGCAGAGCGAAAGGAUUCGGUCCAAGGAGCAGUUCUUGACGAAUGUCGAGGAAUCAGCGCCGGGACCAGCGGACGGAUUAUACGUUGAGCGCGGAGGAGCGUCGAGGAUUAUUAGAGUUCUAAUGUAUGCCGUUGCCGCAUACUCUCAAUAUCAAUGUCCAGUCAAAGAGAUCAACCUCGAUGACACGUUCGUCUUCCAAAGACGUAGGUACACCAUCGUUUUGACGAACCCCGGAGCCACGCAGGACACGUCAUUCGAAUGGGAUGUGAAAACGGAGGUGAGCCGGCAUCCGGCGAGUCGACUGAAUCCCUCUGCGCUGCGGGAAGUUUUGACAUCGUUCGAAGAGCAAAAUACAUGCUGUGGCGAGGUGGGCGGUCACGCGAAAGAGGAUCAUCGCCGCAUCCCGUUCAAAGUCACACCUGAGGCUGGAAUCUUACCCCCAGGCGGGUCGAUCGAAUGUGCUGUUGUGUUCUCACCCCUGGAAGUACGCGAAUACAAAGUUAAUCUAACGUGCAGAAUGGAGAAUCUCGACCCAGGGUGUCACCCUCUGAACAUCCGGGUUACCGCUCGGAGUCUGCUGCCCUAUUUUCAUUUCGACAUAUCGACACUGCCAGGCGACCAUUCGGUUCUUGGGGGUGGUGACGAGCCCUGCAACGUAGUCGAACUCGAUGGCCCACCAGGUGCAGAACGCACGCGACUCGUCGUAUUGCGAGUUAUCGGAGUUCGUCGUACGCACGUGAGCAAAUUUACUAUGAUAAAUCCAACGGCGGUGGAUUACGAUUUCUCAUGGUGUGAAUACGACGUGCAACGUGCCAGAGAAGAUAUUUCUUGCUCCACUUGCGUUGUGCCAAACAAGGGUGUUGCAGAACACGGCAAACAGAUCGAGUUCACGUUCAAUUUCCUGGCUAAUGAUGUCGGAAUCUUUGAAUCGUCCUGGAUCUUUUCAAUCGAUUCUUACGAGUUGACAACGAGCUUUCUAUUUCGAGUGACGGUCGCAGAACCAUCCGUUUACUUGAUUCCCGGAUAUCUUAAGAUGCGACCUACAAUUGUGGGUGGUAAAGCGCGGCGCAACACGAUAACGAUCAUCAACGACGAAGAAAUUCAACUGCCAUUUCGCAUAAUCCCCGCGUCGCUGACGACCGGGGAACAUAAUGGGCGUCUGAUCGUAAACCCUAUGUCGGGUGCCUUGCCCCCAAAGGGUGAACAAACGUUAGAACUGCACUUCGAACCAGGUGCUAAGGGUGAGCCUGGGAGUGCUGAGUUUUGCAUCCGUUGUCGGAUCGAGAGAAUGAAGAGACUGUUGAAUACUGUUGUCGAGACAACAACUUACGAUAUCCAAUUAUCGCAUAGGUCGCGUAACGAGGAGAUGCGGUAGCACAAGUGAACUCAAUCGCCGCUACCUGACCAGGAAUGAGAGCUACAUCUCGCGAUGGGUAUCAAAUAAGAGAAACAGAUAAUCCAUUUGAAUUCGACUCCGAGCUACCCCCAUGUAUUUAUAGUUUUUAUAUCAAACGCCAAGCCAUUCACAGUGGCAAGAUACAAUCUUGGGCUCCAGAAACCGCGAAAAUUUGAAAUAAAAAAAUGAACGUCCGUGA